CAGGAAACUCCAUACCGCGUAGCUCGUUUUGCCAAGUACCGUUCACUUUUUCGCUCCUGGCUUUGAUUCCCUCUUCCAAGCUGUAAUUCUGUGUGCGGGAAUAGAAAUUUAUAAACGCAUUGAAAAGUCGUUUAUUGUAAGAGAGAAUGGCUAACAAAUAUGUGUUAGCCAGCGAACAGAGGGAGUUACUUGCUGAUUUAGAGCAAGAUAUCGACCUAUCUCCAGAGAAAUUUACGGAGAAGUUCACAAAUCCUUUAUGUCAACACGUUCGGACAACACGGAAUGAGUGUAUAUCCACGGAAAAGCCGCUUGAUGUCUUAGAAUUUGGAAUCUCUGAAAUAGAGAGACUGCAAAAGCUCAUUCAUCACAAAAUUCAAAAACACACAAACGCUUCGAAAGCUGUGCAGAAUGAGUAUACAGAGAAAUCACAGGAAAUGAAGAACCAAUUCAACAAGGUCGACGGUAUCUUCCAUUCCCUAGAUUCUACUGUUUCUGGGAUGAAGGCAGAUUUGGUCGGCGUUGGCCAUGAACUUGAGCAUUUUGAAAAUCACAGAAAACGUAUUCUGACAUCCUCUUCUUUAUUCCAAUGUUAUCUCGAGUUUCGUGAAGGAACUUCUCCAACUCUGAAGGGCUAUUUCAGCUCUAACAAACACGACCAAAUGCUUUUGUGUGCACAGAGAACGAGACAGCUGCUCAGCUUCGCCGGUGAAGUUGAUUUGCCUGGAGCUGAGGAAACACGAAAAAAUAUAGAACGUUUCUCAGAGUUUUUGGAAACCAGUUUUCUUAAAUUAUUUAAUAACGAGUAUCGAAAACCGAAUUGGAAAGGAAUGGCCUCCUUUGCAUCUAUUCUUCACGAAUUCAAUGGUGGCUCCUCUGUUAUCCGAGAAUAUGUGAAUCAGCAUGAAUUCUUCAUCAACACUGAAAAAAUGAGUUUUGAUAAACAAAUGGAAGAUGACCCAUUGUGGAAUAAGCUCGCUAAUCCAGAAUUGCCUGUCGAGAAAGAAUGUCCAAUGCUUGACUCGAUGUUUGAUGAAAUGUGUCAAGUUAUCCGCACGGACAGCGCCGUUAUUCGACGUGUAUUCCCUAAUCCGGAACCUGUUAUGCAAACAUUUUUGCAACGAAUUUUUGGACAGUCUAUUCAAUUACGAUUCGAACAAUUGUUCGACCACGCUGACAGCGUGUCAGACUUGACUUGUCUCAGAUUUCUCCAACUCUUUGUUGUUGCAAUUAAUAAAUUCAUUUCCGAAGUGAAGAAUAUUCUUCGUCAACGAAGUUUCGAUGUUUCUGAGACAUCUCCUCUUGUCACGAUGCUGCAACAAAACAGAGACGAUUUAUUGGUUCCCUACCUAACUGUUGAUAAAUUUAUCCGGCAUGAACGCUAUUCCUUGAAAACCCUAAUGUCUGUCCUACUGUUCAAGUUUGAUACCAUACACACAAGAAAAGAAGCCUUGGACGGCUCUACAAUUGACAGAUUGUUCAAACAAUUUCACGCUUCAAAGGCAAAUGGGUUGAGCAGAGCUCAUUCCACCGAGCGUUACCAUUCCUUGUUGAAACUAGCCGGAUUCGAUAGAGAUCCAUUAAAUAUGGAAACGGAUACAAAUGGCCAAAUUACUUUCUCCGAGAACAAUGGAUCCUUGGAACUUUCUAAAGCCGAAGUUAUACUUCGUUGGCACUCAGAAUCUCUUAGUCGGGCUGUUCUAUUCUUUUCUUCGGAUGAUCUUUCGUCGGCCACAAUUAGUAUUGUUUCAUUCCUUCUUCAAACUCUUGAUAGCAAUUAUACAAAGCGGUAUUUCGAAACACUUAAGAAAACUCUAAAACGACAGGAAUACAGUCAAAAACUUAGCUUGGACUAUUUGUCAAAUUUUAGAGAAGCAAACCAUAUCACUACUCUGCUUUCAGCAUACAUAACAAAUGUUGUACUACCAAUGUCUCAUGCGUCCUUGACUUGCCGCAGAGAAAUUACCUCUCUUUUACUAAAAACUCUCAAAUCAAUUGAAAAAGACAUCAAUGUUUGUCUUAACCUGACGGUGAAUGCUACAUGCCAGUGCAUUCGAACUAUGCUCUCACCUUACUAUGAAACACCUUACAUGGUGCAGGAAAGAUUUGCUGAUCGUAUUGACACUUACCGAAUUGAGUUACCAGAAAUGAUCGUUUCUUAUAUUCAUUAUAUCUACAGUACUGUGAACAUGUUUUUGAAAGACGCCAAUUACUUGCUUGAAUUCAGAAGGGAACUCUGCUCCGCUAUUAUGGCAAUGCUUGAUAAGUUUUUCUUGCGUCCACCGGUCAAUCAAACUGGUGCAAUUGUUUUACAGAGGGACCUCAAUGCUAUAAAUAUGGAGUUAAAGCAAUGGGGUGUGCCACAUGUUAUCUCAACUAUGAACAAAAUAAUGAGUCUUUCGAGUAUCUUAAUUGUUGACGCGGAUCUGCUUUCUGCUACAAUAGGUGAAUUGAGAGCAGCGAUGAACUCUGAUUUCGUUAUGCACGAUAUGAUAAAGCUUCGCUCCGAUUAUAACAAGCUUAAAGUAUAUGAUCUUCUUCCACAAAUUCGAAAUGGCAAAAAACCAUCCGCACCUUAGACAGGGUAUGACAACAAUAUAAUCACUUAAUUUAUUUAGAGGAAUGGAUUGAGACGUCCGCAAAUUUACAU